GGCAGUAGUUGCCUGCUGACGUUGACCUUCUCCUGUGGUUCUGGAUACUGGAUUGUCACUCUUUUAGCAAGGAUAUGGGAAAUUCAUCAUAAUGAACUGGGUUAUCACUCAUUUGGGAUUUCGAAUUGAUCCGCUGGAAAAAAGCUUAGAGCUUUGAAGGUUUUCAAUCACAUCAAUUGGACUGGGUGGGCUUCAGCUACUAGAAUUCAGCUCAUCAGCAGAAUCAGCAAAAUUGUAAAUCGAAAAGUGAAUUAUAGGAGGGAGUCAAUUGGGAACUUGAAGCAGGUGUUUUGUUUUUCUGUUUGGUUUGGCGAACAAUGAGUUCUGAAGGUUCAAAUGGUCAUAACUGCGUUGGAUGGGCUGCAAGGGAUGCAUCUGGCACUUUAUCACCUUACCAAUUCAGCCGCAGGGUCAUUGGCAGUGAUGACAUUUCGAUAAAAAUUACACAUUGUGGAAUUUGCUAUGCUGAUUUAAUUUGGACCAGGAAUUAUCUUGGAGACUCCAAGUAUCCUGUAGUACCUGGACAUGAGAUUGCAGGUAUUGUCCAAGAGGUUGGUCAGAAUGUUCAAGGUUUCAAAGUUGGUGACCAUAUUGGAGUAGGAACUAUAGUGAACUCAUGCAGAUCUUGUGAUUAUUGUAAUGAUGAUUUAGAAUCCUAUUGUGUGAAGGGAGCGGUGUACACUUUUAAUGGCAUUGAUGUGGAUGGUACAGUUACAAAGGGAGGAUAUUCCAGUUCAAUUGUUGUCCAUGAAAGGUACUGCAUCAAGAUACCUGUUAACUAUCCAUUAGCUUCAGCAGCACCAUUGCUUUGUGCCGGAAUUACUGUUUAUUCUCCAAUGAUGCGCCAUAAGAUGAACCAGCCCGGUAAAUCUCUUGGGGUGAUUGGGCUGGGUGGUCUUGGUCAUAUGGCGGUGAAGUUUGGGAAGGCUUUUGGGUUGAAUGUAACAGUUUUCAGUACAAGCAUAUCCAAGAAAGAGCAAGCUCUGAAAUCGCUUGGUGCUGAUAAAUUCGUGGUCUCAUCUGACCAAGAGCAGAUGAAGGGCCUGGCUAAGUCAUUUGAUUUUAUCAUUGAUACAGCCUCUGGUGAUCACCCAUUUGAUCCAUACAUGGCAUUGUUGAAGACUGGUGGUAUUCUGGUACUAGUGGGUUUCCCCAGUGAAGUCAAAUUCAGCCCUGCGAGCCUUAAUUUAGAUAUGAGAACGGUUUCUGGCAGUGUAACAGGAGGGAUGAAAGAGACACAGGAAAUGGUAGACUUCUGUGCUGCUUAUGAACUUCAUCCAACUAUUGAACUAAUUCCAAUUCAGUACGCAAAUGAAGCCCUUGAGAGACUUACUAAAAGGGAUGUCAAGUACCGGUUUGUGAUCGAUAUUGAAAACUCCCUGAAAUGAGCACCUUCAUUGGAAAGUUGUAGCUUGAUUUUCUCUAGCUCAUAUAUUAAUAAGGUUCUAUGGAUUGAAGGCUUUGAACAUAUUGGAAAUUCAAAGACAAUUUUUAGUGCUGAUAGCUUUUCUUCCCCUUGUACUUGAGGGAUUCAAUAAAUUUUUUAAAAAAAAAAUGUAAUUAUUCUAUUAUAUAAAUUGUCUGUAUUGUUUAGAUGAAAUUUUGUCACAUUUUAAUACCAAAAAAAAUUAGAAAAUAUAUAAUUUGAUAUUGUGAUA